AUGGCGGAGCGUCCUGGGGGUAGAAGGCGUUCGCGUCGCGACAGCAUGGAGACCGGCGGUUCUAUACGCGGCACGCCGCCCUCGUCGAAGGAUCGUAGAACGAAACGAUCGAGCAAACCGUCCAAGGAGCGAUGGCUCCUGACCAGAAAGACUUGGCGAUACAUGGCAGACGCUGGCAGACGUUUGAUCCCCGAUGGGACGCACAAUAGACAGGAGGAUAUUCCGAAGAUCGAGCAAUACUUUCAGGAGGUCUGUCAAAAGGAACCUAGGUUCUUGCUAUGGAGGAAGGCUUCCUAUCCAGGGACAUUGGGCUUUCGAUCGCAGAGACGUCGCCGGCAGAUCAAGGGUGGUAGCUGUAGAACAAAGGCCAGUUCAGCGGACGAAGCUGACGAAGUUAGGGGCCCGCCUCAGAGUUUCAUCCUUCAAACAACUACAGCCGGGAAGUUUGACCUGGCCAAGGCUAAAAGGGAGUGGUUGCUGGCGACCGAAGGCGGCAGUACUCCGUCCAGUCCCGUGGAACGCAGGAAGUUCCAGCAGGAGGACGCGGAGGCUAAGGCGUUGGCUGAUAUGCUGCAGAAGUACCUGAACAUGCAGAGUGAUGUCGCUGGUACGACAAAGUCGGCUGGAAGGCCGCAGAUACCUGGCCAGGUCGAGGGGAGGGAACCGUUUGACUAUAAGAGUUUGAUAGACAAGCUUCAGCAACACUUGGAUAUGAUGGUUGCUCAGGCUAGGUUAGAGGAUCUGUCGGUUCGGCGAUACUCCACGGGGAAAGAUAAGGAACAGAUUCCCAAGUCCAUGCAACCCUAUCAAGGUGAUUACGUGCACAAAUCCUUGAUGGACACAAUCAGUCGCUACUACAGCAAAUCUGGCACUAGGGACCGCGUGGUCUCGGACAUCCUGACCGAUCGAAAGCUCUUAGAGAAACUGUACUUCGAUCUGAGGUGCACCAGAGGAUUCAGAGGUCCUCGUGCCACCGGCGCGUACACAUCGCCCUCGAAUCGUUGGUGGGCCCAUCAACGGACUAGAAUCGCCUCCAAGGAAGAGGAUUGGCUCUCCAGUCGUAGGGAUCCUGUUUCCCAACCGCCUUUGAUCGCCGUUCAAGAGCCCAGCACCGAUCGUGGCCCCAUAGAGGACGGCGUGCAAACUGAUCCUGUUCCACGUGAUGUGCUUGACGCGAUCCUCCUCGAACGCGAGAAAGAGGAGGCGUCCCAAGAGAAACCCGGGCAGAAGUCCAGCGGUCGAAGGCGCAGCAGCGUGGAUCACGAUGACGUUUCACCGUCCGUCAGCGACACCAUCAAGAGGUACCUUCGAAUGGCUCGAAAGAAGUCGAUGGACGCCGACAAAGUCGAUCGGUUCAAACGCGUGAACUACGAUCGGAAUUUACGGAAUAUCAAGGCCAAGGGGGAGAUCACGAAAUUUAGCGACGAUGACGGUAACAACAAAGGCUGUCAAACGGACGACAAUUGGAUGGUAAAUUACAGAGAGAUGUCCUCGAUCGAGAAUCCAUCGGAGAAUCUCUCGGACGCGGACACGACCACAUCGCCGCCGAGUAGAAACGCGAGCUCGAGGAGCAGUAUCGAUGCCGGUUUGGGCUCCGAGGAACCGUUGACCCCUAAGCAUCAUCAUCAUCAAUCCUUCCUAUCCCAUCUCCUUCACGGUUCGAACGCGCACAAGGAUAAACCGCACUCCGCGCCCGGUUCGCCGGCACUCACCUCGUCUGCGACAAAUUCCUCAGGUGGCACAGCGAUGCAGAAGAGCAAGUCCUCGAGCAGCGUGGUGCAUCACGGUAGCCGUCUGGUCGCGAAGAAGAUAUGGCGGUCGAGGAGCAAGAGCACAUCGAGGGCGUCCAAUCAGCCGUCCGUGUGGACGCCUCAAGGAAAGUGCACCUGGGCGGGGACCAGCGGCCGACGCGUCACCCUGCAGGACACUCCGUUGAGAUCGCUGUCAGAAAUCGAGAGGAAGGUCCUUUGCAAGGUGGCCGUCGCGAAACUUCAGGCCUUGAAUCUGGGUGUUCACAUCAGGCCACCUAGUGAAUCCCUCGCUGGUACCGCCAUUACCACGAAACCGAAGAGGAGGGCGCCUUUGCUGAAGAGGAAAGCUCUCACGACUGGUUUCUUCGACAACAAGGGGAAAGACGACAAAGAGAAGGAUUCAACGGGUGGCCUGGUAUUCGGCAUACCGCUGUCACAGUGUUUGGAGAACGACAGGAUUGCUAGAAUCGCCGCUGGCGAGGUCGCCGACAUCGGCUGCCUGUCGAGGAGCAGCAGACACGGGAGCAGGACAAGUUUCACGAGCCUUAUCGAGCCCACCGUGGCAGCCAAGACCGAUGUGGGUGGUUCGUGUGAAUCGUUGUCGUCGAAGGGAGGCGCCUUGACUGGAAGUGAUUCCGGGGUCCUGGAACUAAGCGACAGCGGUGGAGGAGGUCCUCCAGGGGAAUGGGACGCGGUACCAGGUGUAGUCAGACAGUGCAUCAGGCAUCUGGAGAACACAGGUCUUCGGACGCUUGGAGUGUUCCGGGUGUCGCCUUCGAAGAAGAGAGUCAGACAGUUACGGGAAGACUUUGAUUGCGGUCGAGAGACGAAAAUCGGCCCCGAUCAAUGCCCCCACGAUGUAGCAGCCCUCCUGAAGGAAUUCCUUCGUGACUUACCUGACCCCCUGCUUUGCAGGGACCUCUAUCAAGCCUUCGUCCAUACACAGAAGAUCCGGAACAGGCGACUCCAGCAAGAAGCUCUUCAGCAUCUCAUUCAGCUGCUGCCCACGCCGAACCGCGAGACGUUAUGGGCGCUUUUGAACUUUCUGAGCGUGGUCGCGGCGAACAGCGAGGAUCAGAAGAGCGAGACUGGUGAAUGGAUGCCUGGGAACAAAAUGGACACGACCAAUUUAGCCACGGUAUUCGCCCCGAACAUUCUUCACUGCGUGAAGCCCGGUCAGAGGUCGGAGGUGUCCGCCGAGAGGGCAGAGGAGAGGAUAGACGUGAUAAAUGUGGUCAGAGCGCUUCUGGAACACGCUGCGACGUUGUUCACGGUGCCGGCCGCCCUUCUGGACGAGGUAUACCUGCACAUGAUGGACACCCACCCAGUCGAAUUGGAUCUCGCCCUCUCCCGACGCGCCGAAGAGCAAUGCGGUGACGAGGGGGAUCCGUGCAGCGAAGCCGAAACCUUUUCGGUCGAGGAGACUCUGACGACGUCGACAACGACCACUGCUGGGACGACCACGUCGACCAGAAAGGUGUGGACGCGAGAGCAAUGCCUUCACCAAACGGCCGGCAUAGGCGGAGACAUAGGCCCAAGACCGAGGCGGUCAAAAAGGCCCGGUAGCCGACGAAAGGAAGAGGGCAGGAGUAACAGCGUGGAUAGUGGAUCCAGCGAGGAUCCAGGGGAUCCUCGGAGAAGGUCGUCGCCCAUGGUGAUCACCGCCAGCCUCACCAUACCGAUGUCCGGAGCGUUCACGUUGAACCUCGACGAUCCGGACAUUCCUUACAUCGAGGAGGCGCCGAAGCAACCCAGUGCACCGCCUAGAAGACAGAGGCAACGAUCGACAUCCGGUUGCAGCGAAGGAGGAAGGCACGGUAGCGAUAGCGCAGUGGGCUCGUCCGCCACGUUGUCCGGCGACCAGGCCCCGAGUUCGCCGCCAUCUUGGGCCUCCUCGCCGCCAGCGAGUCCGGACAGCGCGGCGACUGCAGUUUCCUACAUACCCGACCAACAGGCUGUUCUCCAGAGGGUUUCGUUCACGACCUCGAGCGAGGUUCGCCAAGUGACCAGGUCGAAUAAUCAGGAGCCGUCGAGGAGCUCAGCGGCGCCGUACACGCCGAGCAUCACAAGCAUCGGUGGCGCGGUCCUCAGGUCGAAAACCGCAGACAUCGAGAGGAUGUUGCACAUCUCGCGGCCAGACACCGGUAUCGCGGUCUCCCAGGGCAAGACCAGUUCCUCGGCGAGCUCCACCGAGAGCAAGAAGUACACAAAGAGGCGUUACACGGACUCGAGGCAUCAGACGCGUCAUAUCCCCGACUCCGACACCCUGGCUGGUAAAACCGCUAUGACAGUCACGUCCCCGUCGUCCGUGACGAUGUCCUCUUCGUCCUCUGUGGGCGGCGGUCAGAGUCAACGCGCAGGCGCACAACCGGUAUGGAAACGGCGGGAGCUGAUCUCUAGCGCGCCAAAGGACAGGGAGGGAUACUUCUAAUCCCCGAUGCGUCAAGAAUGUUCAGAAUCGAACGCUGGAAGAAUUCGAAUGGGCAAUCGUUCGCGACGAAACGCUUCCAGGGAAUU